UGGAAAGGAACCCAGAUGGGCGUUGCCAUGGCUACAGUAAACACCAUGGUGACAGGGUUCGGCAGCAGCAUGUGGGAUGUCACCGUGGUGAUCGGGCCGUCGGUGGGGGCCUGUUGCUUUACGCUGGAGAGAGAGCAGCCUGCAGAGUUCUACUCUAUCCACCCUGACUGUGUUCCUGGCAUGGCCAAGACCAGGCCUCAUGUCAACCUACGACUAGCCACCAGGUAAGUGUGGCCAACUGUGCAAAGUAUAGACAAAGACUUACCAUUGUCUUUCUGUGACGUAUUGUCCUUUAAUCACUGACAAAAAGCAUUGACUCCCAGUUUUUAAAAUAAAACCACAGGGUUAAUAAUGAGGUCACUGUGAGGUCAAACUAUGAUGUGGUUUUUAUGAUAGGUGCUGCUAGGCUGGAGAGUCCCCUGAUUGAUUUCCUACAGGCUGUCGCCUGGUUACCGCUCUCCAUGAUUCAUUACCAUAGCAUGAGUUACCCCCUAGCCACUCAUCUAAUUGAAUACACAAAGGUCAUGACCUGGGAGCGAUCCCUGUGAUUGGAUACUGGUUGUGUGGGGUGAUACUGUUAGAGUGAAAUUAUCAUUACUCCCAUCAGGUCAAUUGAUUGCCAAUCUAACCAGCAGAAGGAUGGAGAGUUAAACUAAAGGGGCAGCAUUUCUUCGGAACACAUAUUUCACCCUCGGGGCGUGCUGCUGACCAUUGAAUACAGAAAGUAGAAUAAUCUUCACAUUAUUUAGGUCAGGGUCUCCUUUCCUGUCCCCCGUGUUUUUAAACCUCCAUGUUCUCCAUUCCAGAAUACUUCUCCAGAGGGGCGGGGUCUUACCUGAGAGUAUCCAUGACGACACGGUGAAUGACAGGCCGAGCGUGACCCUAUGCACAUCCUGUCACCCUGAGGCCUUCUUCUCCCACGUCAGGGACGUGCUUAACUUUGGAACGCAGGUGGGCUUCCUGUGGAUGGACAAACCGGAACUACUGACUGUUGUGAACACUGAGUAA